AUCUUAAACUAAACCCUACUCAAAAAAUUUCGGCUCCGCUUUCCAUUCCUAUUUCCUAUAAUUUCAUCACUCUUUUCCCUCUCCCUCUCUCCUUCACUCUUUCUCUCUCUAAGAAGUAGGUUUCUGGGUAGAUUACAAAAACAAAAACAAAACAAACCAGCAUUUCGUUGCUUUCUUCAGAUUCCAAAAAGCACUUUUUGAUUCUGUGAAAUGGACUCACGAGAAGCAUCAGCACAACCACCACCACCGGCGUCUCAACCAACCCCACCGCCACCGCCGGGCAUGAUGGUGGGUCACGCCACCUACUCCGCCAUGCCCAACAACAAUUCUGCUCCUAUGAUCAGUCCCAACUCUUCCAUGAUUCCGAACUCACGCUUCCCCUUCAACACCGGGAUCACGCCGCCGGCGUCGAAGCCGCUGGACUCCCUGAACACUCCUCCGUUUGACGGAUCGCCCGCAGGGAUGAGGUCGUGCGGGUUUUCUAUCGACUCGUCGUCGUCCGGGAAGAAGAAGCGGGGAAGGCCCCGGAAGUAUGCUCCCGACGGUAACAUUGCCCUGGGUUUGGCUCCGACCCCGAUUUCCUCGGCGGGUCACGGCGAUUCUGGCAGUGCGCCGUCGUCGGAGCCGCCCGCGAAGCGUCACAGGGGGCGGCCGCCGGGGUCGGGGAAGAAGCAGCUGGAUGCAUUGGGUGCGCCGGGGGUUGGUUUUACUCCGCAUGUCAUAAUGGUUAAAGCCGGCGAGGAUAUAGCAUCAAAGAUCAUGGCAUUUUCUCAGCAAGGUCCACGUACAGUUUGUAUUCUUUCAGCCAAUGGUGCCAUUUGCAAUGUUACGCUUCGCCAACCAGCAAUGUCUGGUGGGACUGUCUCGUAUGAGGGCCGAUUUGAAAUUAUCUCUCUAUCUGGCUCUUUCUUGCUUUCAGAAAAUAACGGUAGUCGCAGUAGAAUAGGUGGCUUAAGUGUGUCACUGGCGGGGUCCGAUGGUCGAGUGUUAGGUGGUGGAGUUGCGGGAAUGCUGAUGGCAGCCACACCAGUACAGGUUAUUGUGGGUAGCUUCAUUGCAGAUGGGAAAAAGGCCAACUCGAACAUCUCAAAAACUGGUCCUUCAGCAACGCCAUCUCAGAUGUUGAGCUUUGCUGCACAAGUGGCAGGAACUAGUCCUCCCUCUCAAGGAGCCUUGACCGAUUCAUCUGAUGAAAAUGGUAGUAGCCCGUCUAACCGUGGGUCAGGAGCCUAUACUAAUGCUAGCCAACCAAUUCAUGGUAUGCCACUGUACUCGAACAUGGGCUGGGGAAACUCUACCAUGAAGAUGCUUCCCAAUUAGGAAAUCUCGCUUGUUUGGAGUAUUAACUAGUUAUUGUUCUGCAUGGAGGUUAGGGGUUGGCUGCAAAUGCUAACGGGCAGAGCAUCAUAAGGAUGUUAGAGUAGUUGCUUUCUUUCUUCUAGAUAGAGGGAUUUUUUAUUUUAUUUUAUUUUUGUUUUUCCCAUAUCCAUUGAGGUCAUGCCAUUGGUUCACGUUGAGAUGUGGCCAAUUUGUUGAAAGCUGGGGGCAUGAUGUCUUCACCACACUCGUUUCAUACAAUUCAUCAGUCUAAAUUUCAUUAGUAUUUUCUUUUCA